AUGAGAAAUGGCGACAACGGGGUGAAUUUUUUGUCUCAGGAUCCGAUAUUGUUUCGCACUCAGCGUGUGGAGACGUUGUCGGAUUUGAAGAGUUUGAUAUUGAGCAAGCUUGGGGGAACACAAGCGAGUAAAAUCGGAAGGGUGGCCUAUAGGUUGCUGGCACCCAUAGAAAAUGGAGUCUUCCGGUUUCGGCUAUUCCGACUUCACGGGGACAAGCAUGUGCGACUGAUGUUCGACAUUCAUGGGAGGAUCAUGAGUGGACAGGUAAUGGAGCUAUCCGCCGAGGUGGGUCACGGUGGUAGUGGGAGUUCUGCACAGGACACGUAUGUGCAGGAUAACCGACCUCUCGCACCACCGCCCAUUCAUAUCGCGAUUCUGGAGAAUGAGGCAGAGGAGGGUGAGGAGGAGUCGGAUGAGGAUUACGUGGCGGACAGUGGAGAUAGUGAGUCUUCCGAUGGCGACGAUGAGGUUGAGUUUGUGUCGGAGACACCUGCAGGGGCUGUGUCACGCCAUGUGCUGCCUCCACCUCAUCCGAUUCGUGUACUAUCGGCUGUGCCAAGUCACUAUCACAGUCUAGAUCAGGACGCCAUGCAUGAGAGGAUUUCAGUUUCUGACACCUGUGGAGUGGAUUGCAAUCUAGACGGCGGUGUGAAGUUUUGGGUUGGACACAGGUUCAGAAGCCGAGAGGCGGUGCUUCAAGGUUUGAAGAACUACAGUAUUCGCAGGAGUGUUGAGUUCCGGGUGAUCGAGUCUGACCGGUUAAAGUACCAUGUGCAGUGUCGUCAAGCCGAUAGUGGGUGUAAAUGGAGCCUCCGUGUGGCCCUUCGUCAGAAUCUGGAGGUUCGGAGAUUUGGUGGACCACACAGCUGCCUGACACCCACCAUGUCUCAAGACCAUCGUCAGUUAGAUAGCAGUCUCAUCUGCAGAGUGAUCUUGCCCAUGAUUCAGUCCAACCCAUCUAUCAGUAUCCCGGUCUUACAAAGUGCGGUCCACGCAAGCUAUCACUUCAAACCCUCAUACAGAAAGAUGUGUAUGGCGAAGCAGAAGGCCAUUGCAUGGAUCUACGGUGAUUGGAAAGAGUCGUACAAUAAGGUGCCAAAACUACUUCAGGCACUGCAGAGCUGUUUUCCCGGCACCAUAUGUGGCCUACACGUCAAAUCGUAUUAUGAAGGUCACCUCAUGGUGCGCAACUGCUGCAUGUUCGACAAAGUUUUUUGGGCUUUUCCGUCAUGUGUUGAGGCCUUAAACCAUUGCAAGCCAUUUGUCUCUGUAGACGGCACGCAUCUGUAUGGCAAGUACGGUGGAGUGUUGCAUAUAGCGGUGGCGCAAGACGGGAACAGCAACAUACUGCCAAUUGCUUUUGCCAUUGUUGAGUCUGAGAGCACCGAGUCAUGA